AUGUCUACUUUAAUUUUAGCUGGUCCACAAGCUUUAUCACAAUUCAGAGUUGAUAAUUUAAUUAAGGAUUUUAAUAAAUAUAUAAACAGUACAUCUGUUAUCAAGGAAAUUCGUUCUUGUUUUAUUCAUUAUGUCGAUAUUCAAGAAAAUGUGGAAUUAACUGAAAUGGAUAGAAACCUAUUGGAUGUUCUAUUAACUUAUGAUACUGCUUUAAAUUUCAAAGAAGAUCCAUUAUCUAAUGUUCUAUAUCAUGCAAUUAACAACAAUAUUUCUACUACACAACUAAAUGAACCAGACUUAUAUCUAUUAAGAAUCGUGCCAAGGCCUGGUACCAUUUCUCCUUGGUCUUCAAAAGCUACUAAUAUUUCUAAUGUAUGUGGUCUUUCCUCUAAGAUUAAUAGAAUUGAAAGAGGUAUGGCCUUAUUAAUUAAGACUAUUCCUAACUUCCCUAUUUUGGAUAACUUAAAUGAAGACUCUUUAAAAGUUAUCUUUGAUAGAAUGACGCAACAAUUAUAUCUAAAUGAUCCACCAAAGACUACUGAUGUAUUCACUCAUGAGACUCCAAGACCUUUGGUUCAUGUACCAUUGACAUCUAACGAACAGAACAAGGGAUCUCCAAGAGAUGUCUUAGCUAAAGCUAAUGUAGAGUUAGGUCUUGCCUUAGAUAAGGGAGAAAUCGAUUAUUUGAUUAAUGCAUUUGUUGAAACUAUGAAAAGAGAUCCAACUGAUGUUGAAUUGUUUAUGUUCGCUCAAGUUAAUUCGGAACACUGUAGACACAAAAUUUUUAACGCCGACUGGACUAUAGAUGGUAUUAAGAAAGAUUUGACUCUAUUUAAAAUGAUCAGAAACACAUAUAAUGUCACCCCAGAUUAUACUCUCAGUGCUUAUUCUGAUAACGCCGCUGUCUUGGACACAAAUAACGAAGCAUAUUACUAUGCACCAAAUUCCGUCACCAAGAGGUGGGAAGCUAAGAAAGAGCCUGUACCUAUGUUGAUUAAGGUGGAAACCCAUAAUCAUCCAACUGCUGUCUCUCCAUUCCCCGGUGCUGCUACUGGUUCUGGUGGUGAAAUUCGAGAUGAAGGUGCCACUGGUAGAGGUUCUAAAUCCAAAUGUGGUCUAAGUGGGUUCUCUGUUAGUGAUCUUUCGAUACCAAAUUAUAAACAACCAUGGGAAUUAGAUAUCGGUAAGCCAGCUCAUAUAGCAUCCGCCUUAGAUAUCAUGAUUGAGGCGCCAUUAGGUUCUGCUGCCUUUAACAACGAAUUUGGUAGACCUUGUAUUAACGGUUAUUUUAGAACUUUAACUACUAAAGUGACAAAUCAUGAUCAAAAAGAAGAAAUUAGAGGGUUUCACAAACCAAUUAUGAUUGCUGGUGGGUUUGGUACUGUCAGACCACAGUUUGCAUUAAAGAAUAAACCAAUCGCCCCAGGGUCCCAAUUGAUUGUUCUCGGUGGUGAAUCCAUGUUAAUUGGUUUGGGUGGUGGUGCUGCUUCUUCUGUGGCCUCUGGUGAAGGGUCAGCUGAUUUGGAUUUUGCGUCUGUCCAAAGAGGUAAUCCAGAAAUGGAACGUCGUUGUCAACAAGUUAUUGACGCAUGUGUGGCCUUAGGUGAUAAUAAUCCAAUUCAAUCCAUCCAUGAUGUUGGUGCUGGUGGUCUUUCAAAUGCUUUACCUGAAUUAGUCCAUGAUAAUGAUCUUGGUGCUAGAUUCGACAUUAGAAAGGUUUUAUCUUUAGAAAAGGGUAUGUCUCCAAUGGAAAUCUGGUGUAAUGAAUCUCAAGAACGUUAUGUUCUUGGUGUCUCUCCAAAGGACUUGCCUGUUUUUGAAGAAAUUUGUAAAAGGGAAAGAGCACCAUUUGCAGUUGUUGGUCAUGCUACAGCUGAGCAAAGAUUAAUUGUGGAAGAUCCACUAUUGAAAACGACUCCAAUUGAUUUGGAAAUGUCUAUUUUGUUUGGUAAACCACCAAAGAUGUCAAGAACUGCAAUCACAGAACCCUUAGUUUUACCAAAGCCAGAUUUAUCUGUUAUCACAUCUUUGGAUGAAGCUGUUGAAAGAGUCUUGAAUUUACCAUCUGUGGCAUCCAAGUCGUUCUUAAUUACAAUUGGUGAUAGAUCUGUUACUGGCUUAAUUGACAGGGAUCAAUUUGUUGGUCCAUGGCAAGUUCCAGUUGCUGAUGUCGGUGUUACUGCCACUUCCUUAGGUGAUAAGAUAAUUAAGACUGGUGAGGCCUUAGCUAUGGGUGAAAGACCAAUCAAUGCUUUAAUCUCAGCAUCCGCUUCAGCUAAAUUAAGUGUUGCAGAAUCAUUAUUAAAUAUAUUAGCUGCUGAUGUCAAAUCUUUAUCUCAUGUUAAGUUAUCUGCAAAUUGGAUGUCUCCAGCCUCUCACAAAGGUGAAGGUUCCAAAUUGUAUGAGGCUGUUCAGGCUAUUGGUAUGGAUUUGUGUCCUGCUUUGGGCGUUGCUAUCCCAGUUGGUAAAGAUUCUAUGUCCAUGAAGAUGAAAUGGGAUGGCAAGGAAGUUACUGCUCCAUUAUCUUUAAAUAUCACUGCUUUUGCUCCUGUAAAUGACACGUCAAAAACAUGGACUCCAUUAUUAGAAAAGAUUGAAGAUACAUCGUUGGUCCUUGUCGAUGUCUCAGCUUUACAAGAAUAUAAAGCUCUUGGUGCCUCAGCAUUGUUACAAGUUUAUCAACAAGUUGGUGAUGUUUCUCCAACCGUGUAUGAUAACAAGUUAUUUAAAGGUGUCUUAGAGAGUAUUUUAGACUUACAUAAAACUGAUAUCGUUUUAUCUUACCAUGAUAGAUCUGAUGGUGGUUUGUUGGUUUCUUUAUUAGAAAUGGCAUUUGCUUCUAGAUGUGGUCUUGAUAUUAUUUCUCAAGGUGAUGCUUUGGUCUCUUUAUUCAAUGAAGAAUUGGGUGCUAUUUUCCAAAUUAGAAACGAUAAAUUAGAAGAAUUCAAGAAUGUGUUUGCCAAGAAUGGCGUCAGUGAGGAAUAUAUCUCUAUUGUUGCCAAACCAAAUUUUGUAUCUCAAAAUAUUACAAUCAUCGAGUCCACAUUCGAUGGUAAACAAUUGUAUAAAAACACAAGAGGUCAAUUACAAAAGAUUUGGUCUACUACUUCAUUUGAAAUGCAAAAAUUAAGAGACAAUCCAAGAACUGCUGAAGAGGAGUAUCAGGCCAUUCUUGAUGAUAAGGAUCCAGGUAUUCAUUAUUCCUUGACUUUUAACCCAACUGAUACUGUGAUUCCAACUACUCUAGAAGGUGGAAGAAGACCAAAAGUAGCUAUUUUAAGAGAACAAGGUGUUAAUGGCCAAAUGGAAAUGGCAUGGUGUUUCCAACAAGCCGGUUUUGAUUCUAUUGAUGUGACAAUGACAGAUUUAAUCGAGGGUAGAUUCCAUUUAAAUGAAUUUGUCGGUAUUGCUGCAUGUGGUGGUUUCUCAUAUGGUGACGUCUUGGGUGCUGGUGCAGGUUGGGCCAAGUCUGUUUUAUACCAUGAAGACGUUCGUAAUCAAUUUGUUGAGUUCUUCCAAAAGAGAGAUGAUACUUUUGCCUUUGGUGCAUGUAAUGGUUGUCAAUUCUUAAGUAGAUUAAAGGAUAUCAUUCCAGGUUGUGAAAACUGGCCAACUUUUGAAAGAAACUUAAGUGAACAAUACGAGGCACGUGUCUGUAUGGUAGAACUGGUUGAAGAUGAAAACGUUGAAGAAAAGAACAUUUUCUUAGAUGGUAUGAUAGGGUCAAAAUUGCCAAUUGCAGUAGCCCAUGGUGAAGGUAGAGCCACAUUUGUAUCUGAUGAACAAGUUAAGCAAUUUGAAAGUAAUGGAUUGGCAUCAAUCAGAUACAUUGAUAAUUAUGGAACUGUUACUACAAGAUUCCCAUUCAAUCCAAACGGUUCCAUUGAUGGUAUUGCUGGUAUUAAGUCACCAAAUGGUAGAGUUCUUGCCAUGAUGCCACACCCAGAAAGAGUUUGUAGAUUAGAAGCCAACUCGUAUUACCCAUGUGGCAAAUAUGACGAAUGGGAGGGUUAUGGUCCGUGGAUUAGAUUAUUUAAGAAUGCAAGAAAAUGGGUUGGUGACAGAUUUUAA